UCUAGCACGCUACAUCACGAUGCGGUUCUUUCUGUUUCUCGUUGUUGUGCUGGCUUGUGUUGCCCUCACUACAGGCAAAAAGGAUAAGUCCAAAUCAAAAUGCAAGAAGUUGGAGAAAAAGAUCAAUAAGUGUUUCAAGAAAGGCUUUUCUCCAAAAUCUCUCGAAGGUUGCAAAAUAGAAGAUGAAAAAAUAAAGAAAAGACGUGCUAAGAAAUGCAAAGCACUUGAAGAUCAGGUCAUCUCUGCAGGUUGCAGCAUUAAAGCAUGUAAAGGACCUGAACCAGAACCAGAACCUGAACCUGAACCUGAACCUGAACCUGAACCUGAACCUGAACCUGAACCUGAACCUGAACCUGAACCUGAACCUGAACCUGAACCUGAACCAACUGGUCCAACUUGGUGCCAACACGAGAACAGUUUCCUGUACAGCUAUGGUGGAGCAUCCUACAACAGUCUAGAAGAUGCUAAAAAUGCUUGUUUGGAGAAUGCCAAAUGUAAUGGAAUCACUCAGGAGCCUUACAAAAGUAACCGUUAUACACAACGAGUUGGACCUGAAAUACACGACUGGAGCCCAACCGGUGAAACUUCUUGGACAGUCUGCGAUGAACCAGAAGUAGAACCUGAACCAGAAGUAGAACCUGAACCAGAACCUGAACCAACUGGUCCAACUUGGUGCCAACACGAGAACAGUUUCCUGUACAGCUAUGCUGGAGCAUCCUACAACAGUCUAGAAGAUGCUAAAAAUGCUUGUUUGGAAAACGCCAAAUGUAAUGGAAUCACUCAGGAGCCUUACAACAGUAACCGAUAUACACAACGAGUUGGACCUAAAAUACAGGACUGGAGCCCAACCGGUGAAACUUCAUGGACAGUCUGUUAAAAUAUUAUUGAAUAUUUGAAUUUGAAGAAGCAUGAGAACACCUAAAUAUGUUAAGACUUUAUUAUGAUAUAGGUGGAAGAAUUUAACAUUCAAAGAUUAAAAUACAGUUUAGAAAUUUUUUGCAUGACACAAAAAUGAACUGAUUACUGACAUGAUUUUAUCUUGAUAUUUGCAAA